AUGGUUUUGGUAGAAGUUUUUCUGGGUUCGUUUAUAACUGUGUUGUUUGAGAGAUUGGCCUCUCGCGGGUUGUUAAACUUUGCUCGCAGAAAGGGAAUUCAUACCCAGUUGAUGAAAUGUAGCAAAGUGUUAAUGUCAAUUAAAGCAGUGCUCAGAGAUGCAGAGACUAGGCAAAUAAAGGAGGAAGCUGUGAAUUUGUGGCUGGAUGAUCUCAGGGAUUUGGCUUACGAUUUGGAUGAUCUACUGGACGAAAUUGCCACAGAAGCUUUGACACAUGAAUUGAAGUCCAAGCCUGAAGCUACCACAGGUAAGGUAUGGAAAUUUAUCCCUAGUUGUGGUAAUUUUGCUAGAUCCCUUGGGCUCAAAAUCCAGAUAGGGCCCAAGCUUGAGGAGAUCACUGCUAGAUUACAAGAUCUUGCAAAACUGAAAGAUGAUCUGGGUUUGAGAGUUACUCCGGAAAUAAGGUCAAACACAGAAAGAGAGAGAUUGCCAACAACUUCUUUGGUGAGUGAAUCCCAUGUUUAUGGUCGGAAAAAGGAUAAACAAGAAAUACUUGAAUUGUUGCUCAGGGAUGAAGCAUGUAAUGGUGAAACAGGCGUCAUUCCAAUAGUUGGUAUGGGCGGUGUCGGCAAGACCACUCUUGCCCAACUUGUUUACAAUGAUGAGAAAGUAAAGGAUUUCUUUGAUGUUAGAGUGUGGGUAUAUGUUUCUGAAGAGUUUGAUGUAUUCAUGGUAACCAAGACUAUUCUUGCUUCAGUGAGCCCCGAAAUCAAUGACAUUAACGACUUAAAUAUGGCGCAAGAGAGGCUUAAAGAGAAUCUUUCCAAAAUAAAAUUUCUUCUUGUUUUAGAUGAUGUUUGGAAUGAGGACUACACAAAAUGGGAUCUCCUCCGUGCUCCUUUUCAAGUUGGGGUACCUGGAAGUAAAAUUAUUGUUACAACUCGAAAUGAAGGCGUUGCAUCAACCAUGGGUUCUAUUCCAACUUACCAUCUAAAGGAGUUGGCUGAUGAUGAUUGUUUAUCUCUAUUAGCCCAACAUGCAUUGGGUACGAGCAAUUUUGGUGCCCAUCCAAAUUUGAAAGAAAUUGGUGUGGCUAUAAUGAGUAAGUGUCAAGGCUUGCCUUUGGCAGUGAAGACACUGGGAGGCAUCCUGCACAACAAACAUAGUUCAAAUGAGUGGAAAGAUGUACUUGACUGUGAAAUUUGGAAUUUACCAGGGCACAAGAGCGGCAUUCUUCCAGCUCUUAGAGUAAGCUAUCAUCAUCUCCCUUCUCACUUGAAGCAAAUGUUUGCAUACUGUGCAAUAUUUCCGAAGGACUAUGAGUUUGACAAGGAUGAGUUAGUUUUGUUAUGGAUGGCAGAAGGAUUUCUGCCACAGUCAGAAGGAAUGAAAUGUAUGGAAGAGUUGGGUAACAACUGCUUCAAUGAGCUAUUAUCAAGGUCAUUCUUUCAACGUUCAGGUGGCAUGGAAUCAAAAUUUGUGAUGCAUGACCUUUUGAAUGAUUUAGCUCAAUAUGUUGUAGGAAAAAUUUGCUUUAGGUUGGAUGAUAGUAUCGAGAGCAAUGAACAAUGUAAGAUUUCUCAAAAAGCUCGCCACUUGGCAUUCAUUCGCCACCAUUAUGAAGAAUAUAAAAGAUUCAAGUCAUUGCAUGGACUUCGAAGUGUGAGGACCUUCUUACCAGUGCCAGUUUAUAAGUCAUAUAAUUGGGCCAGAUUUUAUUUAAGCAAUAGCAUUUUAGUCGAGCUACUGCCCAAAUUACGGUACUUAAGAAUCUUAUCUUUGAGUGGGUACUAUAUAAAUCAGUUGCCUAACUCGAUUGGGGAUCUGAAACAUCUUCGGUACCUAAAUUUAUCAGCAACAUCAAUUGAAUGGUUGCCUGAAUCAGUGUGUGCUCUCCACAAUUUGCAGACAUUAUUGUUAAGAGGUUGCAAUGCUCUUUGUAAGUUGCCCACAGACAUUGGAAAUUUAGUCAAUCUGCGGCAUCUUGACAAUUCUGAUACUGAGAUGCCCCUAGGGAUUAGCAAAUUGACAAGUUUGCAAACUUUGCCAAAGAUUAUUGUGUGCAAAAAUGGUGGAUUGAGGCUCAGAGAUUUGAAAAACAUGUUACUUCUGCGAGGGAUGCUUUCCAUUGUAGGAUUGGAAAAUGUUAUGGAUGUGUGGGAUGCAGAUGAUGCCAAUUUGAGUAGUAAGCAGAAUAUUCAUGAGUUAGAAUUAAUAUGGAGUAGUGGCAUUGGAGGGUCACAAAAUGAAGAGCUACAAGUCAAUAUGCUUGACAUACUACGACCGAAUAGAGAAUUGAAAUGCCUUAAAAUUGGGUUCUACAGGGGUUCAACAUUUCCCAGUUGGAUUGGGGAUCCGUCAUUNUGGAGGGUCACAAAAUGA